ACCAUUGCCUACAUUUUUGACUGCAUUUUUACUUGCUCCCUUUUGGAUCCUUUGCUCUGCUCACUGGAAAAAAUACCCCUCCAAAAAGAAGAAGAAAAAAAAAGCAGGACAUACAGGAAGUAUCCGUCUUUGUCCCCUCGACGUUCUGUGGACGGAUACUAUUUACAUCUCGUGCCCUCGAGAUCAAACAAUCCACGCAGAGUAACGGCCUCAGUGACUACCAUCCCAGAGAGAAUGACGGACAGAUACAACAUCCACAGUCAGCUGGAGCAUCUUCAGUCCAAAUACAUUGGCACAGGACACGCAGACACCAGCAAGUGGGAGUGGCUGGUCAAUCAGCACAGAGACUCUUACUGCUCCUACAUGGGACAUUUUGACCUGCUCAACUACUUCUCUGUGGCUGAGAAUGAGAGUAAAGCGCGUGUCCGCUUUAACUUGAUGGAGAAGAUGCUUCAGCCGUGUGGACCGCCAGCAGACAAACCUGAUGAUGCUUAGAUCACACAGAUGCAGGAGAGGAAUGUGUGUUUUGUAUUUUUUACAUGAUAUUUUUUGUAGGAUUUGAGGUUUCUGCCAUAAAAUUCCAUGGCAUGCUCCUCUGAUUUCUUUUUAAAUCCUCUGGUGUUUCAGACUAAUGUGGCCCUGACAACUGUGAAUGAUUGUCCACUCAAACAACAUAAGAUACUUGGACAUUGAUCAUUGCAAUUUUGUUUUUUUCCUGAGUCAGGAUUAAAAGUUAAAAUUAAUGAAGAUAAUAAAAAAUUUGUCCCAAGAGCGA